AUGGUUCGUCCCAAAUUCGCAUGUCCUGUUCUCGAAAUCAACUUGAUCUCAGCACAAGACCUAGCCCCUGUUUCGAAAAACAUGAAAACAUACUCCGUCGCGUGGAUCAACACCGAUCCAAUGCGUAAACUCACGACCCGUGUCGACCAAGCAAACCGAUCUAACCCUAUAUGGAACGAGAAGUUCGUGUUCCGUGUCAACGACAAGAUCCUCCAAGCUGACGUGUCAGCGAUUGUGAUCGAGAUCUACGCAGCGGCUUGGUCUAAAGACGCGCUUGUCGGAACCGUGAAUGUUCUUCUAAGCGAUCUCUUUGCUCCUUGGUCUGGUUUCGGCGACGGCGACGACGGUGGCGGCGGGAAUAACAACAUGAGGCUCGUGACGCUUCAGAUUCGUCGUCCUUCAGGGAGGCUUCAAGGCUUUUUACGUUUAGGCGUUGCGCUUCUCGACGGUGGUCAACGGAGUAUGCCGUUGUCCACAGAGGUUAUAGAUAAUAAGAGAGAUACUCAAGAUGGUGUAAAGAUGAUGCAUCGUCGUACGAAUAGCGAUCUGACCGAUUUAACGACGUCCACUAAUGAUUACCUUGUGAAAACAGGGGUUGUUACCGGCGGAGCAAGGGCUUCCGGUAACGGUGGAGGUGGAGGAGGAGGUAGUGUUGUGGUUGGUGUGGAUAGUAUGGUGAAUGGUUCGUAUUGUAACUCUGAUAUCGGACCAUCUGCGUCUGUGGUUGCGGCUGCGAUUGCUCAGGGGCUUUACAAUAGACAGAAACCAGCGGUUAAAGCGGUUGCGGUUAAGGAGGACGCGAGUUCGAUACUUGAAGGGAAGACGGAAGGGAUGGAGCUUAGAGUUGAGAGGUGGAGAGCGGAGAAAAAAGUUGCGGGUGGAGCGGUUGAAACGUCUACGUCGAGCGAUGAUUCUAGCGGGAAAGGAGGAGGUGGGGGAAGGAGGCCGAGGAGGAGUAGGAGGAGAAAGGAGAAAGAAAGGCGGAGGAGAAGAGACGGAGAAGGUAAGAAAGGGUUGUUUUCAUGUUUUGGGAAUGUGUUUGGAUGUGAGAUUUCGAUUACUUGCGGCGGUGGAGGAGGAGACAGCGGUAAGAAGAGACGUAACAAGAAUAAAGUAGCAAACCUUAGUGCUGUAGACGAAACGUUUAGUCAUUCUGCGGCUUGAGAGUUGGUGGUGUUAACGUUUGGUUUAUGGGUAAAACUAUUGGAAAUUGGAAGAUAUGUGGCAAAACUUAUGAAUACAAAAACUCUUUUACGUUCUUGGUGUAAGCGUUUUAGUCAUUUCUGCGACUUGAGUCUUAUACGUGUAAAAACGGUUUGGUUUGAUGGGUUGAAUUGCACAUUUGAAAGUAUGAGGUCAAACGUAUGAAUAAAACUUCUUUUACAUGUUCG